AUGAAUCCGAAACGGACGUAUCGAGGCGAAGAGCGGCAGCAGCCCGCGAGCUCUCCGAAGCGGCCAAGAACCUUCAAUGCGGCGUCCAAUGGGGGCACCUACCUCAACCACGACACGUACUCUCCGCUUGCGCAUGGAGAAUACACAAUUGCCUGGAUCUGUGCGCUUCACUUAGAAUUGAACGUGUCGCGUGCCAUGCUGGACGAGGAACACCCGCUGCCACCCAACCAACCCGGCGACGACAACAUCUAUGUGCUCGGACGCAUCGACCAGCACAACGUUGUCAUGACAUCCUUACCGGGGAAGUACGGAACAACCAACGCUGCAAUCGUCGCGACAAACCUGAAACGAAGUUUUCCCAACAUCCGCGCUACUUUGAUGGUCGGCAUAGGCGGAGGAUCCCCCACCCAGGCCAACCUGUACCUAGGCGAUGUUGUCGUUGGCACGAGGGUCAUGCAGUAUGACAUGGGCAAAAUGGUUGCGGGCGGCGUGUUCCAAGAAACUGCCGACGCAAAGACUCCUGCCCGGCUGCUGGACUCGGCCGUGUCCGCUUUGCGGUCGAAGCAUGGGUCGAACCGCUCCAGUAGUCGAAUGACGAGCCUCCUGCGAACCCGACUCCCGAACGUCUUGCGCCCGGAUCACCCCGAUCGCCUGUUCCAAGCGUCUUAUGAGCACCCUCUCGGAGCGGCAACAUGCACUAACUGCGACCUAGAGAAGCUACAGCCGCGAGCCGCACGCCUCUCUGACCAACCUAGCAUCCAUUACGGAGUCAUCGCUUCGGGUAACAGGGUUAUGAAGGAUGGGAAAGCGCGGGACGGCAUCGCUCAGCGACUUUCGGCGCUGUGCUUUGAGAUGGAGGCAGCCGGCAUGAUGGAUAAUCUCCAGUGCUUACCGAUUCGCGGAAUUUGCGACUACUCGGAUUCCCACAAAAACAAGGAGUGGCAGGGCUAUUCUGCGGCAACUGCAGCUGCAUACGCGAGGGAACUGCUGGAAGGGCUUCCGCCUUCGUCCAGGACACUGGAUCGGGCUCCCACAUACGUCACCGGCGUUUGCCAGCCCGAUGCCGCCGUCGACAAUGCUUUGGAACGGCGGAAACUCUUGCUAAAAUGCCUGGAAUUUCCGCAGAUCGAUGCCCGCAGAACCAAUAUUCGGGCCGCACAUACCAGAACCUGCCGCUGGCUUCUAGGCCACUCCGCAUACCAAGAUUGGCUUGACCCCGAGAAGCAGUCGCAAAAUCAUGGCUUCUUAUGGAUGCGAGGCAAAGCAGGUGCCGGAAAGUCAACCAUGAUGAAGUUCAUGUACCUGGAGACAAAAAAGGUCAAGAAGCACAGCAUGGCCGUGCUGUCCUUCUUUUUCAACGCGCGAGGCGACUACUUGGAAAGGUCCAUCUCCGGCAUGUAUCGGUCACUGUUGCUGCAACUCUUGCAGGAAUUCUCGGAUUUGCAAUCCGCCCUGGACAACACCGACAUCGUUCCGCGCAACCAAGAAAACUGCCCUGGUCUGAACGUUCUGAAGGAGCUUCUCAGCAACGCCGUCAUGGCCCUUGGCCAGCGCUGCCUUACCUGCUUCGUCGACGCCCUCGACGAGUGUGACGAGCUGGAGGUCCGGGACAUGGUCCACUUUUUCGAGGAAUUGGCAGAGAAUGCCACCGACGACGGCAUCCAGUUUCGAAUCUGUUUUUCGAGUCGGCCAUACCCAUACAUUGAUAUUCACCGGGGGAUCUUGCUCACCCUCGAGAAGGAAUCAGGACACGGAGAAGACUUGGCGCAGUAUGUCAAGAGCCGCCUCAGGAUCGAGCACCCUCCGCAUCUCGAAGAAUUACAGUCCCACAUCCUGAAAAAGGCUGCUGGCGUUUUCAUGUGGGUCGUGUUAGUAGUCGAGAUCCUGAACAAUGAAAGCAGUCGCGGCGCUCUCGCUCUUCGGAAGAAGCUUUCAGAAAUCCCGGCCGAACUGAGCAAGCUCUUCAGGAGCAUGCUGGCACGGGAUCAACACAGAACUGAAUCGCUACAGCUCUGCAUCCUCUGGAUCCUCUUCGCAAAACGGCCUUUGAGUCCGGCGGAGUUCCGCCAUGCGCUGUGGGCAGGCUUGCUGGAGCAGCGUCUGGUCGAUCCCGAGCUCCCAGAUCACACACACAUGGAUGCCGUCAAACUGGUCGCGAGUUCCUCGAAGGGACUUGCUGAGAUUACUAAAUCUGACCAGCCAGUCGUGCAGUUCAUCCAUGAAUCAGUACGGGACUUUUUGGUGAAAGAAAAGGGCGUCCGUGACUUGUGGCCUGAACUUGGAUUCGACUGGGAGGGUCACAGCCACGAGAUCCUCAAGCGUUGCUGCACCACAUACCUGAAUCAUCCAAGUGUACAGGCCAUCAUCGUCGCGCGUAAGGGCGGAGACGCCAAAAGGAACGCCACGGACGGAAAAGGCCCGUUCCUCAAGUACGCCGGCCAGCAGGUUCUCUACCACGCCGAUGCUGCGGCGCCUGUCGCUCCCCAAGAAGGUUUCUUGAUCCGGUUCUUUGCUUCCGGUGGCAUCGAAGUGAUCUGCCACGUCGAAGGUUGGCGGUAUGGCUCUAGUGCAACUCCGCUCUAUGUUCUGGCGGACAAAGGGCUCGGAAACCUCAUUCGCUCACAGAUGGAGAGAGAUCCGGCUACCGACGCUCCCGGGGAGAGAUACCGGUAUCCGAUUUUCGCUGCAAUAGCAAACGGCCAUAAAAGUGCCACAGCCGCACUUUUGGGCUUGUCAUCAACCGUCUGCGAUGGCGUCGAUAUCACUGAAGGUUUGAGCUACAGGGGGGGCCAAGGCCGGACCCCAUUAUCAUGGGCUGCCCAAGAGGGCAGACUGAGGAUUGUGGAGUUGUUGAUACAAGGAGGGGCAGAUCUUGAUGAAGUUGAUAGGCGAGGAUAUACGCCACUCUGCCGAGCUCUAGAACAUGGUCACGGGGCGGUUGCGCGGCUUCUCAUUGAUGAAGGGGCGGAUAUCGAAGUUCGAAAUGGUUCUGGAUUCAGAGCACUACUUUUAGCCUUGAGGUAUGGCCAUGCAGCGAUCGCACACCUUCUCAUCUACAAAGGGGCAGAUGUUGAGGCUCGGGACAACACGGGAGCGACGGCAUUAAUAUGGGCUUUGAGGUAUGGCCAUGAAGCGAUCGCGCGGCUUCUCAUCGAUGGAGGGGCAGAUAUUGAGGCUCGGGAUAGCGCGAGGUCGACGGCACUAAUAUGGGCCUUAGAGGCAGGCUAUGAGGCAGUUGUGCAGCUUCUCGUUAAUCGGGGGGUGGAUAUCGAGGCUCGAAACUACGGUGAAUUAACAGCACUGCAUUUGGCCUCAAGGAAUGGCCACGAGGCGAUUGUGCAGCUUCUCAUUGAUGUAGGGGCGGAUAUCGAGGCUCGAGCUCGUUAUGAUCUAACAGCACUGCAUUUAGCCGCGAGGAAUGGCCACAAGGCGACUGUGCAGCUUCUCGUCGAUAAAGGGGCAGACAUCGAGGCUCGGGACAAUACGGGAUCGACAGCACUAAUAUGGGCGUCAGAGGCGGGUUACGGCGCAAAAGGCCACGAGGUGGUCGCGCAGCUUCUCAUCGAUAAUGGGGCGGAUAUUGAGGCUCAGCACAAUACCGGAUCCCCGGCACUGAUAUGGGCCUCAUGGAAAGGGCACGAGGCGGUUGUACAGCUUCUCAUUAAUAACGGGGCGGACAUCGAAACUCGGGACGAAUCUGGAAUGACGGCACUGGGUUGGGCUUCACGGCAAGGCCACGAGGCGAUUGUGCAGUUUCUUAUUGCCAACGGUGCGACUGGCGACGCUUAG